CGCGUUGUGGGAAUUUAUGUAAAAUCAAGAUGGCAGCCGCCUCUGCGAGAACUAUCGGUAAGGUCGGCUGGAACAUUUUGGAGUCUCCAGCAUGUCGUGCUGGGAAUAUUGCCUCCCUGGUUCCAAGGGUCUCGCUGCAUGGAUCGAGCAGGGCAUACGGUACGGGCGUUGCAGGAUUCCGAUCCAAAUUGCUCUUCACCCCUCUGCGCGUUGGCCGGGUCCUGGGGUGUGCGUACCUGGUUGGAGGGGGACUUGGCUUGUAUCAAACAAUACAGUUAUCUGUCCAACAUCACCUUGCUGAAGAAGAAGGCAAGGCUUAUUCUGAUGGUGACCUGAAAUUGACACUGUACCAGUACAAGACCUGCCCAUUCUGCAGUAAAGUGCGAGCUUUUCUGGACUACCAUCGGCUUCCAUAUGAGAUUGUGGAGGUCAAUCCCGUCAUGAGGAAGGAAAUCAAGUGGUCAAUUUACAGAAAAGUGCCAAUCCUAAUGGUGAACGAUGAUGUGCAACUGAACGAUUCCUCAGUAAUAAUCAGCGCUUUGAAGACACAGUUGAUAAGCAAGGAAACCAUCUCAGAGAUUAUGCGCUGUUACCCAGAGAUGAAAGCUGUCAAUGAGAAGGGGAAGGAGGUGACAGAGUUCAACAACAAGUACUGGGUAAUGGUGAAUGAAGCUGAAGGUCAGACGAUGUACCCAGAGAAAGACUCCAGAAAAGAGGAGAUCAAAUGGCGUAAGUGGGCAGAUGAUUGGCUGGUUCAUCUGAUCUCGCCCAAUGUGUACCGGACCACUGGAGAGGCCCUGGCCUCCUUUGACUAUAUUGUCCGCGAGGGCAAGUUUGGCACUUAUGAGGGCUUCUUUGCUAAGUAUGUUGGAGCAGCUGCCAUGUUUGUCAUCUCAAAAAGACUGAAAAGUAGACACAACUUGCAGGAUGACGUGAGACAGGAUCUGUACAAGGCAGUCAAUGAGUGGGUGGCGGCCAUUGGCAAGAAGAAGUUCAUGGGUGGAGACCAGCCAAAUCUGGCUGACCUGGCAGUGUAUGGGAUCCUAAGAGUGAUGGAGGGUCUUGAGGCCUGGGAUGACAUGAUGGAGAACACCAAGGUGAAGAGCUGGUACAGAUGCAUGGAGAAAGCUACACAAAGCCACGAGGACCACAACUGAUCCUGCUCAAAACAUUGACCAGCGCUAGGAGAUCGGAUUCAAUAGCACUUCCAGCCCUCAGAUUAAAUCUGUAGAUGUCAUGAGAUGGGAAAAGUGAUUGCAUCAAGGAAAGGUGGAAAAAUGCAAUACAUUUUUUUCCUAAGGACCUUGUCCACCUGCUGCAAUUCACAGAAAGCUACUUCCAACCUUGAUUUAUUUUCUGUGAAAAUGUACCCAAUGAUUUGUUGAUUUGCUUUAAUAAACUGGCAGCAGUUAGCCGUUAGAUCCUUGGUUGCUGUGGGUUUCUGUCUACCUGUGCCCCCCAGUGUCAAAGCUGCAGAGACUUGUACAAUGUCUAUGACAUGGGUAAAACCAAAUUGGCAGCUUUAAAUUUACAUUGCAUCUGAGUGCAAAACAUUUCCUCCACGCAGUCUUAGCAUUUUGGGUUCAAUUUUUUGUCCUGUUUUAAUUUCCAUUUACUCAAAGGUUGAAAUAAUUGAACAAGCUAACACGACUGUUUGAAUAGUUAACGUUACAUCAGAAUCAACUGUUCCCUCUUUCCCAGUGCUUUCCCUCUGGGUUUGACCUUCCAUAACAGUUCUCAAAGUAGGAAAUACUCACUUGUAAUGCUUUGUAAAGUAUAGAUUCAAACGUAUUUUGGCUACCUGUUUCAUGAUUCUCUUUUUAACCUGUUAACUUCAUGACUGCUUAUUCUACCUCAGAUGAGGGUUCCAGUCAUAACCAGAUUAUUUACAUUAUGUCGGCUCAAAUAAAUUAUUCUCAAUUAUGCAGGAUACAGCUGGGUGUUUGUGAAAUGGGUCUAAUAAUUUGGGAGCUUCCAUUGGACAAACUGGUUGAAAUUGUUAUGCAUAAACUCCUGACCAAUUUCUAAAUGAAAUACUAUGGGUAUUAAAAACCAGCCCAAUGAUGUGCAUACAUGUAAAAAGGUUCAAUAAAAAUAAGUAAAAAAUG